AUGGAGCCCGACUUGCACGAUCGCCACGGCUUCAUGCGUGCGUUCCGGCAGGUGCUGACGGCGCGCGGCUUUGCCUUCUGCGACUCGGGCGAGCCAGAGCAGCCGCAGUUUGGGCUGCCCGAGGCCGGCAGGCGCGGGAAGGCACUGCUGCUCGAGGGCGUGGAAGCGUCCAGCACCGACAAUCCGCAGCAGAGCAUAGAUUGCACCCUGGAUGAUGACGCCGGCAUGUUUUGGAGCAGCAUGGGGUCGCAGGCCCCUGAAGCCAACGAGUACCUGCUGUACAAGCUGAGGUCGCCGCUGUGCCUAGUCCAACACGUGCAACUGAUCGUGUUCCGUGCGCACUACCAGUUUGGGACGCCCGUGUACCCGCCGUCGUUUAUUUCCUUCCAAUGUGGCCCCUCGCCCUGGAGCCUGGCGCCCCCAACCAUCAAAUUUCCGGUGGCCGCCACAGCCUCCCUGCUAUCGUCUCUUCUUGCCGCUCACUCAGUUCACAGCGUUCAGUUGAUAUUGACUGUGUAUCAUUGCGAUUGA